AUGUCAUCCGUAAAGGUGGCCGUGAGGGUUCGCCCUUUCAAUAAGCGCGAACUCACCAGAGACUGUCGUCUUAUCAUCCAAAUGCAAGACAACACCACGGUGAUCGAAAAUCCUAGAGACGGAAUCACGAAGAACUUCAAUUAUGACUACUCGUACUGGUCCACGAACACUUCCGAUCCUCACUUCGCGGGCCAGGAUCAAGUGUACAGCGAUAUCGGCGAGGAGAUGCUGCAGCACGCAUUCGAUGGCUACAACGUAUGCAUUUUCGCAUACGGCCAAACGGGAGCCGGGAAAAGCUAUACCAUGAUGGGUCGUCAAGAAGAAGGACAGGAGGGCAUCAUACCUCAUAUCUGCAAAGAUCUGUUCUUCAAAGUGAGAGAAGAUCCCGUAGAAGAUAUGCUGUACUCCGUUGAGGUUUCUUACAUGGAGAUCUAUUGUGAGCGGGUCCGAGAUCUAUUGAAUCCUCAAAACAAGAAUAAUCUGCGGGUUCGUGAGCAUCCGCUACUGGGGCCCUACGUAGAGGAUCUUUCGAAGCUGGUCGUGACAUCCUACGAGGACAUCAAUAACCUCAUGGAUGAAGGGAACAAGGCCAGAACCGUCGCUGCGACGAACAUGAACGAAACGUCGUCGAGGUCGCACGCCGUGUUCACGAUAAUGUUCACCCAACGCAGACACGAUAAACAGACGGGUCUUGAUACCGAGAAGGUGAGCAAAAUUUCGCUCGUGGAUCUAGCCGGCAGUGAGCGAGCCGACUCAACGGGAGCCCAAGGAACCCGCCUGAAGGAGGGAGCGAACAUCAACAAGUCUCUCACGACCCUCGGCAAAGUCAUAUCAGGUUUGGCUGAAAUGGCGGCCAAUCGGAACACAAAGAGAAAGAGGGCCGAUCACAUACCUUAUCGAGAUUCCGUGUUGACAUGGCUUCUCAAAGAGAACCUCGGAGGUAAUUCCAAGACGGCAAUGAUAGCCGCGAUAUCGCCGGCCGAUAUCAACUAUGACGAAACGCUGUCUACCUUGCGGUACGCAGAUCGUGCCAAGCAAAUCGUGUGCAAAGCAGUCGUCAAUGAAGACGCCAACGCCCGGAUGAUCCGUGAACUGAAAGAGGAAAUAAGCAAGCUCAAAAAUCUUCUGGUUGCCGAAGGGAUCAAGAUAGACGAUGUUCAGAACAGUCCUAGACCCAAUCGGAAGUUACAUUCUGGAGCUACCGAAGAUAAAAUCGAACAAUUACAAGAAAGUGAGAAACUCAUCGCUGAACUCAAUCAAACGUGGGAGGAAAAACUCAAGAAAACCGAGGAUAUAAGGAAGCAGAGGGAGGCUGUUCUCGCCGAAAUGGGCGUAGCAUUGAAGGACGACGGGGACACGCUCGGCGUAUUUUCGCCGAAGAAAACACCUCAUCUGGUGAAUCUGAAUGAAGAUCCUCUCAUGUCGGAGUGUCUAUUGUACUACAUCAAGGACGGUCUCACCCGGGUCGGUCGGCCUGACGCAAACGUAUCGCAAGACAUCAAACUCACGGGCAGCGAAAUUCAGAACGAGCACUGCACGUUCCAGAAUCACGAUGGGGUCGUGUCGCUCGUGCCAUGCGAGGGGGCUACUGUUUUCGUUAACGGGAAAGAAGUGGUCGAUCAGGUGGAACUCCGAAGCGGGAUGCGAGUCAUCCUGGGCAAAUACCACGUUUUCAGAUUCCAACACCCGGAACAGGCGCGAGAAUUCCGAGGUCGCUCCCCGACAUCUGACGAGCCCGCAGCUGUGGAUUGGACUUUUGCCCAGAGGGAGUUAUUGGAGAAGCAGGGCAUCGACCUCAAACUCGAAAUGGAGAAGAAAGUCGUCGCGAUUGAAGAGCAGUACAAGCGGGAGAAAGAAGAAGCCGACCAGCACUUCGCCGAAGAACGCAAAAACUACGAGGCCAAAAUCGAGAGUUUGCAGCGGCAGGUCGAGGAGGUGUCCAUGAUGUCGUCGAUGACAUCAUCAUACGCGCUGUCAGCUUUCCUCGAGCCCUCGGAGGAGACACUCCCCGAGGAGGAAUUCGAACCGCUCGACGAAGCCCAGCUGAAAAUCGCGCGAAUCGCGUUCGACAAAUGGAAGAUCCACCGGUUCACGUCUCUCCGCGAUGACCUCUGGGGGAAUGCCAUUUUCCUCAAAGAGGCCAACGCGAUCAGCGUGGAGCUCAAGAAGCGAGUUCAGUUCCAGUUCGUUCUCUUGAGCGAUACCCCCUAUUCACCACUGCCGGCGGAGCUGUGCGCGGCCGAUGGUCGCAAGACCGUUGUCGCCGUUGAAGUCCGGGACGGGAGGAACGGAACGACGCAUCAUUGGUCGCUAGAGAAGCUGCGACGGCGCUUAGAGCUAAUGCGUGAGAUGUAUCAAAAUGGAAACGACGGCUCACCGAUAGCUGACUUGGACGCGCAGAGCGAUCCCUUUUUUGAUUGCUCCCCCUGGUUCCGGUCGAUUGGACGAGCCUUUGUGUAUCUCAAGCAUCUCAUGUAUCCGGACGAGGCCCUCGUCCAGACGGUGGCAAUCGUUAAUGACAAAGGCGAUGUAGUCGGCUUCUUGCGGGUCGCGGUUCAGGCGGGAACCGGUGGGGACGAGCAGGCCAGCGGCGUCCGGCAGUUUGCAAGAAUUCGAUUCGAAGACGACAGCCAUGGAGUAGAAUCCGCGGGAUUCGAUGGAGGAGAACGUUCUACGGUAGAACGUUGUGACGAAGGCUUCGACAAGGGUUAUGAUCAAGAAACCCCGGGUGAUCCACUUGUUCGCGAGAUUGACAACGAACGAGACGACCUCGAGCCGCCCGCUCACCUGCGGCUUGGAUCUGAGUUCACUUUCCAUAUAUCGGUCCUCCAGGCCAUUGGCAUCGCCGAGGAAUAUUCUGAUAUAUUCUGCCAGUUCAAUUUCCUCCAUCGGAGCGAUGAAGCCUUCUCGACGGAGCCGCUGAAGAAUACUGCCAGGGGGCCACCACCGGGAUUUUUCUACAAGCAGAACAUAACGGUGACGGUGACCCGGGCUUUCGUGAAAUACAUCAAGACUCGGCCGAUCGUUUUUGAAGUUCUGGGUCACUAUCAAGCCUAUCCCCUCUACAAGGAUCCAUGUAUUGAAUCGAUCAAACCCCGAGCUGAAUGUCCGCCAACACGUCAAGCGCCGCGUCGUAUGCUUCCAAGGUCGCUUCCGAUUUCUCAGCCGGUGCGCUCGCCAAAGUUCGGUGUCGUUCCUCAAGCAAGCGCGACAAGCCAUAUCGUCGCGAAACACGACAUUCUCGUCUGGUUUGAAAUCUGCGAACUCACGCAGAACGGAGAGUAUCUCCCGGCCGCCGUUUCGCAACACGACGAGAAUCCCUGUCUGAGGGGCAGUUUCCAUCUGCAUCAAGGCAUUCAGCGUCGUAUUCGAAUAACUCUGGUUCACGAAAGAACGGAAAAUCUCCCAUGGAAGGACGUAAAGGAAAUCAUGGUCGGAAGACUGCGAUCCACGCCGGAGAGCGAAUCCGUCAACGACGAGAGCGAUGGUUGUGUCCUCAGCUUGGGCCUGUUCCCGCCACGCCAAUUGGAGAUGCCCGCAGGCGACGAGAGGUGUUUCUAUCACUUCGAAGCAGCCUGGGACUCAUCGUUGCACAAUUCGCCGCUUCUUAACAGGGUGACCCAGUCUGGAGAACACGUAUACAUGACGAUCUCGGCCUACGUCGAGUUGGACAACUGCGCGCAGCCUGCGAUCAUAACGAAGGAUCUUUGUCUCGUGAUCAAUGAACGCGAUGCUCGACUCCCGUCCAAUACGCGAAGCCUGAAAACUCUGUUCAGCGGAGGUGUCCGAAACUCUGACGCUGAUCACGUCACCGGUCUCUACGAGGUGGCUCUCAAGAGAGCGUCCGACUCUGGAAGCCCUGGCGUUCAGCGACGUCAGAGACGCGUGCUCGAUACGUCGACGACGUACGUGAGAGGGGAGGAGAACCUUGCGGGGUGGCGACCGAGAGGCGACUCGUUGAUUUUCGAUCAUCAAUGGGAACUUGAGAAAUUGACACGUCUCGAGCAAACGGAAAAGGUCCGCCACCACCUCCUUCUUCGAGAGAAGCUCGGGCUCGAAGCCGGUCCGAAAGCGCGGCGAUUCCCCUUGGACGUUUCGAUGUCGCCGUCGGGGCAGAAAUCGUUUUCGAUGCCGGAAGACAGCGUUUACGAUCCUUGGGUCAUGUCAGAACGGGAGGAGUCGCUCUCACGUAAGAUCAUUAGUCUCGUCAAUAGUCACGUCCCCCUCCAACUGACCCAGGACCAGACCGAGACCCCCACGGCAUCCGAGGGAGAAUUAUUUUCGCCAUCAGCGUCCAGCCCCCCGUCCUGCCGUGUUCUAUCACCGACGUCUGAAGCGAACGCUACAACCGGACCUCCGCCGGGUGGACUCAGACCGGUUCCGAUGGACGGAAGCUGCACCGGAAGCCUGAUGUUCUCCAGCGGAACGGUUUCCGCCAUGUUGAAACCUUACGUCGCUGAGGUAGAAGAGAUCAGAGUCAGUCCCGUGGUCAGCCGCAGAGGAACUCUCAAUCUGCUUGUGGACAAAGCUCAAUCUUGGGUCAAGCGAUACGUCACGAUUCGGCGGCCUUAUAUGUUUGUCUACAAGGAUCAGAGCGAUCCAAUUGAGCGUGAGAUCAUCAAUCUAUCUACAUCCGAGAUCAACUAUAACGAGGAACAGCAGGCCAUGCUGAAAGUGCCACCACAUUCGACUUUCUCGGUCGUCACGGCUUCCGGCGGAUAUUUAUUGCAGACGGAGAGCGGCUACGAGAGAGAAAUACAUGACUGGCUGUACGCCAUAAAUCCGCUGCUUGCAGGCCAGAUUAGAUCGAAGUUUCUUGCUCGGCGGCAAUUCCGUGAUUUCAGAUCUCGGACUUGGGGUUCGAGGACUAUCGUUCAUCUUUGA